UCUCUCUCUCUCGCGAUGGAAUCGAAGAGCUCUACGACUGGAAACCGUGAUAACCCUAAUAGAAACCUUCACGGAUCGAAGACCAUGAUGGCGUCCCACUUCCUAAGAGCCCUCUUUCGUAUACAGCAGACGUCCACGAGCAGCUCCUCCGCCGGGCGAAGCCGCAGAAUAAGGCGCGCUGCUUAUGCGUCCAUGGCCUACUCGGCCGGGACACGGCGGGCGUGGAGCCGUGCUUUGCUACGGAAGCUCCGCAGCCGAGCUCGCCUCCGGUUUCCGAGGCGGCUGUCUAGGGCUGCGACACCCCAGCGGAGGGACAUGGAUCAAGCGCAAGUUCUUCGCAAGUUGGUGCCGGGAGGGCCAAGCAUGGACGACUGCAAACUGCUGGAGGAGACAGCGGACUACAUAAGGUUCCUUACCACGCAGGUACGGCUCAUGCAGACGGUCAUGGACUCGAUCUCUUCUUAGGCUCACUUCUCCAUGAUUACUUGAGGUAGAGAACGAGAGAGACGGCCAGGUUUAGCGUAUCUUGUGAAUUAGAGUGACUUGACCAUCUCACGAACAUCAAGAUUUGUACAUAAACUAUUUUCUUUCGAAUCAAGAAUUGUGUUAUCAUA